CACAAUUUGCAGUCUGUACAAAGGUCUUUGCUUAGCCACAGAGAAGCUGGUAGUACAACUGCUAAAACAUGAAUUAUUCUCCGAGGUCAUCUGAGCAGAGGCACUGAAGAAACUUGACAGAGCACACGAUGCACAUUUAUACAGGAGUCUGUGAUAAAAACGCAGCUGAAGUCAGCUAUGCUUUGUGAAGCCGGCAGCUGAAGACAGAGAGGAGAAUUCUCUCAGAAACCCAGGCUCUGCAUUUAGCUCCCUGCGGCUUUGUGUCCAACGGACUGAGCAUGCGGGUCACUCUUGCUACUAUGACCUGGCUGAUUUCUUUUGUCUAUAGUUAUUCAUAUAAGGUAAAUACCUUGCCAGAUAUUGAAAAUGAAGAUUUCAUCAAAGAGUGUGUUCGAAUACAUAACAAGUUUCGAUCAGAGGUGACUCCAACAGCCAGGAACAUGCUAUACAUGACUUGGGAUCCAGCACUAGCCAAAAUUGCAAAAGCGUGGGCAAAAUCUUGUCAGUUUAGACAUAACCCACAGCUGAAAUCAAACAAGAUGCACCCAAACUUCACUUCACUGGGAGAAAAUAUCUGGACUGGGUCUCUAUCCUUAUUUUCGGAGUCUUCAGCCAUCUCAAACUGGUAUAAUGAAAUUAAAGACUAUGACUUCAACACCCGAAGAUGCACAAAAGUCUGUGGUCAUUACACUCAGGUUGUCUGGGCAGACAGUUACAAGGUUGGCUGUGCAGUACAGUUUUGUCCUAGAGUUUCUGGCUUUGAAAGUCUUUCCAAUGGAGCACAUUUUAUAUGCAACUAUGGACCAGCAGGAAAUUAUCCAACUUGGCCAUACCAGAAGGGAUACACCUGCAGUGCUUGUCCUCCAGAUGACAAAUGUUUACAAAAUCUCUGUGUUAAUCCAAAGAGAGACAAGGUCACACGUUACUACUCUCUUGUGGAUCCAGCCUGGCCCAUAUUUUUACGAAACAGAUACACAUCUCUCUUUCUUAUUGCUAAUUCAAUAAUUCUAAUAAUGUCUGUUAUAAUUACCAUUUGGAUAAAGAAAAAAUACCCUAAUUUAAGUCUUUUAGACUAAUGCAGUCUGGGGGGGAGGGAGAGAUUUAUAAAUAUGGCUUUUUUAAAAAAGUAAAAAUUGGGUGUAUUUCUAAUUUCCACUUUAAAACAUUAUUUUUAAAAAAUACACUGCUGCAGUAAAGACUUGCUCAAAAUAAAAAUGGCUCAACUUCCUAAUUAUAGAAUAAACUCAUCUUUACUUUGCACUUUUUUAUGAAUAAGCAUUGUUUUCAGGUUGCCACCACUGGGCUUUCCAUAUGUAAUCUAGUUCCUGUGCUUUAGUUUAGCUUCCAAAUCUAUAAAAUUAAUGAGCUAGACUUAUGUGAUUCUAAGUUAACUCCAGUGAUUGGUGCUUCUUACAUGCUGCUUUAGCUCAAUAUACCUGGUUUCCCUGUUCUCUUGCAAUUUGGUAUCUUUCUGGUUUAACACUUCCUCCGACUUGAUAACUGAAGUGUUUGAUUUCAGAGGCCUUGAUUUUCUGCUUAUGAGCUGUUUACUCUUAAAAUAAAACAAAAUUGUAAAAAGGGAUAAUCAGGGAGAGAGAAUGCACUGAAAAACUGGCAUUUAUUUUCCUCAAAACCAAAUGCUGGGACAUGAUUAUGUUUAAAAACUAACCAAUGACAUCAGACUUUGGAUUUAAUGAAAAACUACAAUAGUCACGUUCCAAAAAUGUAUAU